AUUACUUCGGUUCUUUUUUUUUUUUCUUUCGGAAGCCAAAUACAAAAGAUUGGGAAGCAAAGUUAUGGAACUCCAAACUGUUCUCUCAACCAGUUUCUCCGAAAACGCAAACCGUUUUGGCCGUCCCGAGCUGAAACGACGCAGGCAAAACGAGAACAGCACAAACACGCCACGCGACGCGCGGUCAGCUUCCAGGUAGAAUAGAGAGAGAGAGAGAGAGAGAGAAAUGGCGGCUUCGUUCAAGUGGGUGCUCCAACUUCACAGGGACGUCCCCAGAGCUGCUCGCUUCUAUUCGCAGGGCCUCGAUCUCGCCGUCAACGUCUGCACCCUCCGGUGGGCCGAGCUCGAGUCCGGCCCUCUCAAGCUCGCCCUGAUGCAGGCGUCGAGCGAUCACGUCGUGGAGAAGGGAUAUUCUUCACUCCUGUCCUUCACGGUCACUGACAUCAACAACACAGUGACAAAGCUAAUGGCAUUAGGAGCUGAGCUUGAUGGUCCCAUCAAAUAUGAGAUCCAUGGGAAGAUUGCUGCCAUGCGGUGUUUAGAUGGUCACAUGGUAGGCCUUCAUGAACCUGCAUAAGAGUUCCAGAGUUGAAUAUUUCUGAUUGAUUAACCGUUCAACAGGACUUCACAGCUGUUCUACUAGCACCUUCAUUUUCUCUGAAGAUAUCAGAUGCCGAAAUCUUGUUCUUUUUCUUUUUCAGUCCCACGAUGCUCACUUUCUGUUCAUUGAUAUUUAAAACUCUGCUGCCCAAAGUCAUUGAGUGAACAUGCCUGGAGUAGUUGCAACACACGGAAGUGAGCAUGAUAGCGAGCAAGUGGGGUUUAUACUGAGCUUUAGUUAACUUUUCAGCUAGAUGAAGGUAAUAUUGCAAAGUCAUUUUUCUAGAGAGAGAAUGAACCACUUUUAUUUUUAUCUGCAAAUGAUGAUUUUUGAUGCACCAUAUCUCACUUGAUGAUUCUGCCUUGGGGGUUGAGAGAAAUUUUUAUUGUUCAGUUCUUCAGCUUGCAAGAUUCUACAUUUGGGCUACAUACUUGCAUAAAAGCUUGCUCCUUGCUUGCUUACAGUGAAUAUAAUUGUGUUUUGAUC